AUGCCGCUGUUGAAGGCGUGGACAACGCUUCAGCCCAAUGGCAAGCUGGAGGUCUCGCUGAGCAAUAACUCCGGUCUUGACGCAGACGGAUGCUCCAUCAUCUUCUCGCUUCGUUCCUCCCACCCGGCGUACUUCUCGUUAGUGAGUGCAGAGCUGCCGGACGGCGUCCUUCUGCCGGGGGAGCAGCGCAGGCUUCUACUCGAGGUGGCGCCGGAGUACAUGCGGCUAGGUAUCACUCCGCAUGUGAUGAGGCCCCUGCCUGGAGCAGCAUCAACAACAACAGCAGCAGCAGCAGAGAGCGGCCAAACAACGACGGAGCUAUCGCUGUGGGCGCUUUCGGGCGGAGCGGAUUCGACGACUACUCAAAACACCGGUGCGUAUUCGAUCGGGGACAUGCAGAAGCGCCGCCGCCAACACUCCGACGCGAAUGUACUCCACGUCAGCACACCGAUCCUUAGCGGCAGCGGCAACGAUGAAAACGACAUCUCGGUCCUGACGGGUAGCCGUUCGUACCGUCAACAGCCGCAGAAGCAAGGCCCGGGCGAGGUGCGCACCAAGACGUUCAAAGAACUGGGACCGGCGCUGUCGCGGAACCAACCCUCUGCUGAUGCCGAAAGAGAUACAGAUAGUUGCCCUGAUAGAAGCCAUAGCAACCGCAGCUUCCAGCAGCGGUAUGAACUUACGCAUAGCACGUGCAGCUCCUCCGUUGUGGAACCCGUUGGGCAAAUGGGUAUGUCACACAUCGUCGAAACGCCCAAAGGAGAGGGCCAAGGUGGAGAGUUGUCGGUGAGAGCCCAAAGCAAUGCGAGGAACGUCACUUCAGCUAAUGAUCCCUUGCAAAACGACAGCAAUGGCAAUAGUGCCGAAUCACCACAGUCGGUGUCAGUGCUGGCAGCCGAGCAGCGGUACAAUAGAUCGUAUUCGGACGUUGAGAGUGUCAUGCAAUCAUCUGCUGUUGUGAGUCAAUGCACGUCUCCUCAGAGCCCAUACUUUUUGGUUUAUUAUGAACGCCUCGGCAACGAGAGCGCAUGUUUGAAUGCCGCAAACACAUGGCUGUGGUCGGAGCGGUGCAAAUACUUGGCGUGGCGAGAGAAGCUGCAGAAAAGCAGCAGCAACAACGGCAGGGGCACGCGUAUCCCACCUGUGCUCGGCGGGCCGGUAAGAUGGCUAAACAACGUAGACGUGAACAUUUACUAUGAUGCGCAAUCCAAGUUCGCGCGCAAGCCGUACAGCCGCAGCUCGGUGAAGAUGUUCAAAAAGAGCCGCCAGGGCGGUGGCUGUGUGAUGCUUCCGUGCUGCCCACGUAGCACCUUCAAGGCGCCGGUGAACGGCGGAGGCGACAAGAUAAGCCUCGCCUCCGACGUGGCGCCAACGCGUGGCUCUGUCGAGCGUGCAGGACAGGGUCUGGCCUUGUUUGAGCUCACGGACUCCCUUCGACGCAGCGUCAGCAGCAACAGUCUGCAGAUGCGCGCCGCCGCCACUGCGGCCAGCACCUCUCUGGGAAACUACAGGUCGAGUGAGCAGAUAUCGUCGUCACCGAUGUCGUGUGAGCAAUCGUUACUCAUGUCCUCGACAAGUGAACGGCUUGGCGCAGGACCGCAGCGGUCAUCACGGGAUUUUGAUGCCAUCACCUUGGCCAAGCCACAUGCUCUGGAUCCCUGUUCAUUUGGUGUUCACCAUGCCCGCACAGAGACCGAGGGAACGGUGCAGAUGUUGGACCGGACGAUCCGCGGCGAGAGCACCAUAGGGUGGAAUUCCCUGGAGAAUAGAGCGGAGGGGUUGAGUCAGGUUUCCAACGCAGCCAUGUCGACCACAGCACCACCAGCACCAGGAGUACGUGAUAGCAUUGCCAGCACCCCACUGCUGAGUGCUGAGCGACGAAAGAAUGGCCUUCUUGAAGGGUUGAUGGGGAGUUUCUGGAGCAAACCCUCGGAGAUGGACGACGCGAAGCGGCGUGUUAGUGGUGGUGGUGGUGGUGGUGGUGCGCCUGUAGUUUCAACCGCAGCAGCAGUGGAUACCUCACAGGUGCUAACGCCAGCCAUGCGUCGCAUGUCGGAUAGUAGCGUGAAUCUUGCCCGUGUACCACCCCCGGUGCCGCAGCGUCUACGGCCCCGCCCCAAGGCGUCCAUGCAGCAGAGCUGCGAGCUGAGCAUUGCGCAGGUGAGUGAUGCCUUGCGCUGUAUCGCGUCCAAGUCGGCGCCGCUGAUGCAGACGGCUAUGGGGGGCACUUUCAGCACUGUUACGUCGAGCGCACAGCUGAUUGGCGGCCUCAUUGAGGACUCCGUCGAUGUGCUGUACGCGGUUGGGAUGCCGGUGCUGCUGGUGACGUCGCUGUGUCUGCUGUGGGUAAUCUUCGCGACUUCCGGCGACGACGAUAUGUUGGGGCCCGCGCUGGAUUAUUACGCAUAG